AUGUCGAAACUGAAAAUGAAAUCAACAGCUAUGUUACUGCUUUUCUGUAUAGAAAUAUUUUAUUUGCAAACCAAUGAGGCAAAUGAUGGAAAACAAGAGAACAAAGGUCCUAGCUGGGGAUAUUAUCAAGGCAGUAUUCCACCACCAUUUUGGUCUUGCUUAGCAAAUUAUGAAAUGUGUGCUGGUACAAUGCAGUCUCCUAUUAAUAUUGAAACCCGUGACGUUGUCAAAAACAACAAGAUUAGCAAGUUUUAUUUCUCAGAACUUGGACAAACAGAAGGAAUAAAAAUGGAGCUGAAAAAUUAUGGUCAUGGAGUUAAGGUAGAGUUUCCCGAGGUUCAGCCAAUAAUUGAUGGUGGAGGCCUCCAGGGACCACACAAACUUGUACAAUUCCAUUUCCAUUGGGGCGACAACAGUGAAAGAGGUUCAGAGCAUAACAUAAAUGGACAACAGUUUGCUAUGGAAGCCCAUUUUGUGUUUUCGCCAACAGAAGAUGGACCAAAACAUUUUGCCGCUGUGAUUGGAGUAAUGAUAUAUGCGGGAAGUUACAAUCCAAAUUAUGAACAUAUAGUUUCUAAGCUAAAAGACGUAACAAAUACUGGUGACAAGACAGUCCUUGACAACUUUCCAAUCAUGGAUCUAUUCCCGGAAUCCACUCGGUGUUGGUACCGAUAUUGUGGAAGUUUAACUACACCGCCAUGUACAGAGACAGUUAUAUGGACUGUGUUUGAACAGAGCAUUUGUAUGUCAGAAGAUCAGAUCAAUGAAUUCCGGAAGUUGAUGGGAGAACCAGAAGUAUUUACAGAAGGGAACAACAAUAUACAGGAUACAUUUAGACCUGUACAGCCAUUGUUACAACGCAAGAAAACUGAAAUGACAGACGACAAAACUGAAAUGACAGACGACAAAACUGACACAACAGACGACAAAACUGAAAUGACAGACGACACAACUGGCAUGAUGGACGACAAAACUGUCACGACAAACGACAAAACUGACAUGACAGACGACAAAACUGACAUGACAGACGACAAAACUGACAUGACAGACGACUAA